AUGGCCCCUUUGCAAUACACCCGUGUCGUCUUAGCUGAGCGACCCAAGGCCGCGGUUACCCCUUCGACCUUUCGCAAGGAGGUCGUGCCUUUCGAUUCGAAGGCGGGUCCUAGCCAAGUCCUCGUUAAGGUCGAGUAUGUGUCUUUGGACCCUGCUAUGCGGGGCUGGUUGAACAACCGGCGGAGCUACAUCGAGCCUGUCAAGAUUGGGGCUGUGAUGAGGGCGGCAGGUCUGGGCGUGGUGGUUGAAGCCGGUGAAGAGAGCGGUUUCGCUCGGGGAGAUCUCGUCAGUGGGACCUUUGGUUGGACAGAGUAUGCGCUUAUGGAGAAGAAGGCCGUGACUAAGUUAAAAAUUCCAGACGGUGGCGAACUCCUUGAUUUCGUGGGCCCUCUGGGCAUGCCGGGUCUCACGGCUUACUUCGGCUUAUUAGAUGUCGGGAAGCUGCGUUCGGGCGAGAGGCUCGUUGUCUCUGGCGCAGCGGGUGCGACUGGCUCAAUCGUCUGUCAGCUUGGCAAGCAGAAGGGUGCAAAGGUCUACGCGAUCGCCGGAACGCCGGACAAGUGCAAGUGGCUGGAAGACGAACUCGGCGUAGACAAGGCUUUCAACUACAAGAGCCCUACGUUCCACGAAGAAUUCAAGCAAACCGUUGGUUAUUUUGAUGUGUUCUUCGACAAUGUUGGUGGUGAGAUCCUGGACUUCGCCUUGACGCGCAUGAACAAGAACGCAAGAACGGUCUUGUGUGGUGCGAUAUCCGAUUACAAUUCCCUGAAGCCCAGGGGUUUGACUGGGUAUCUGAACCUCAUCUCUCAACGCGCGAAGAUUGAAGGGUUUAUUGUGUUCGAUUACGUUCAGCAGUUCCCUGAGGCACUGAGCUAUUUGGGUGCUCGGCUUAAGGAUGGCAGUCUUAAACGUCGAUUCCAUGUCGUGGAAGGCCUGGAGAAGGCGCCGCAAGCUCUGAACAUGCUGUUCGACGGUGGCAAUACCGGAAAGCUGGUUGUGAAAGUCGGCAGUGACACGAAAGCGAAGUUGUAAUCGAUCUAUGGUGGAGUCGUGCAGGAGUGCUGUUCCUGAUUUAUAGCUCGGGCCCUAAGCUGGCCUUUGGUUGCGAAGUCCUGUGUAUAGUGUGGCCUAUGUUGCUUGCUCGACCGACCAGCGGCUAGAUAUGUCUGCGCAAUCAAUAAAUGUAUAAUCG